CGAACCUUUGACGGUCUACGGAAAAGCUCACUAUUCUGAAUCCUAUUUAACCUCUAGUUUAACGGUAGUGACAACAUGACCUCCAAGUCAUAAUUGAUAGUUGUUGGACUCGGACUCGUUCCUUUUUUGACAUUCCGCUCCCACGUUCAUUUCGAUGCCCUCUCUGAAACAGACCCAGCACUCGAUUCAGAACUGGAAAAUGAAGUAUCGCAACUCUAACAAGGUUUCUGCCAAAUGGGUUCCCAUUUUCUCUGUCGUUUCAUUCCUCCUGGGUGUGCUCAUCGCAAGCAGGAUAUGGGAACCUACUGAAUCAAACGGCCAGCUUGUUUCGUUGCAUCGGAAUAAUAAAGAACUGCAAGUCGUCUCCAAGGAUUCUACUUCUGAAAAGAAGCCUGUACGAAGUCAGGACGUAAUAAGCGAAGUUUACAAAACCCACGAGGCUAUCCAAUCUCUAGACAAACAGGUUGCCAUGCUUCAAAUGGAAUUAGCAGCAGCUAGGAGUUCUCGAGAAAUGGGUGUCUCAGAUGGCUCUGCGGCGACCACCUCUGAGAAAUAUACGGAAGCACCUCCCAGAAAGAAGGCGUUUAUAGUAAUUGGCAUAAACACAGCUUUUAGCAGCAGGAAGCGGAGAGACUCAGUUAGGGAGACUUGGAUGCCACAAGGAGAACAGCUUCUUCGAUUGGAACGUGAGAAGGGAAUUAUCAUCAGAUUCAUGAUUGGCCACAGUGCAACUUCCAAUAGUAUUCUUGAUCGAGCCAUUGAUUCAGAGGAUGCCCAGCAUCAUGACUUCCUUCGGCUGGAACAUGUUGAAGGGUAUCACGAACUGUCUGCAAAGACAAAGACUUUCUUCUCUACUGCAGUUGCUAAAUGGGAUGCAGAUUUUUAUGUCAAGGUGGAUGAUGAUGUCCAUGUCAACUUAGGUGUCUUGGCAUCAACUCUGGCUCGUCAUCGUUCAAAACCGAGAGUCUAUAUUGGGUGUAUGAAAUCUGGACCUGUUCUGGCCCGAAAGGAUGUCAAGUAUCAUGAGCCUGAGUUCUGGAAGUUUGGAGAAGAAGGGAACAAAUACUUCCGACACGCCACUGGACAGAUAUACGCAAUUUCUAAGGAUCUGGCUACCUUCAUUUCCAUUAACCAGCCAAUAUUGCACAAGUAUGCUAAUGAAGAUGUCUCGCUUGGUUCAUGGUUCAUUGGUCUCGAAGUUGAACACAUUGAUGACCGCAAUAUGUGCUGUGGGACUCCUCCAGACUGUGAGUGGAAGGCGCAGGCAGGUAACACAUGCGUUGCUUCAUUUGAUUGGAGCUGCAGUGGAAUCUGCAAAUCAGUGGAGAAGAUUAAAUAUGUCCACCAAAAAUGUGGUGAAGGGGAAGGAGCUGUUUGGAGUGCUUUAUCUUGAAUUGAUUCAGAUGACGAAGGCUUUUGCGUGGUUGGAAGAAGGAUUCAUUGUUCGCUUGACUCUGGAACUAACAAGGCAAUUUUGAGACAGAAAUCCAACCAAAUACAUAGAAAUGACAGAAAAUUUUACACCCAUCUAAGGCUGGUUGAUUAUUUUCAUUGAAGCUGUUCGUUCAAGUCUGGAAUUGAACGGCAUGAAUAUGGAUUUACAGAUCUGUUCAUACCUUCUGUCUUGCUCUUGGAAGUUGGAGGAUAUGGAUAGGCCUCUUUUUUUUUUUUUUUUUUUUUUGCCCCUCUCCUCAUUUUAUAUUCGUUUCUCUUUAUGGUUGAUUUAUUUUAUUUUAUUUGUCAACAUUCCUCUUUAUAGAUAUGUGUUGUGUUCUUUGUAAUGAAAAUCAUUGUCUUAAUUGUUUCA